UUGUCAACAAGCACUUGCACAGUGGUGCAUCGAGAGCUCGCGUAUACGACGUGUGAUUAUUGUUAAAAUUUUUGCAAAGUAGUUUAUUUUGGUCUCGAGAAAUUAACCGUGGAUUAAUGAAUAAAAAAAAACUGUAAAAACUAGAUUAGGCGAUAAUUAGCUCGGUUUUGUUUUUUCAACUACAUAACAGCAUGUAUUAUUUGGUUCUGAUAACAAUUGAACUUGCAAUGCAACUUAUGUGCCGAUGCUUAUGAAUACAAGUAAUAGCAUAAAAUGGGAGCAUCAACCGUAUAUCACGAAAAACAAAUUAAGGAGUUGUGUGCCCUGCAUGCUCUAAAUAAUUUGUUUCAAGAUAAGGAAUGCUACAACAAAAUUCAAUUGGACGAAAUUUGCCGCAGUUUGGCCCCAAAUGAAUACAUCAAUCCCCACAGAUCAAUAUUGGGCCUGGGGAAUUAUGAUAUAAACGUUAUUAUAACAGCUCUGCAUAUGAAAGAUUGCGAAGCAGUUUGGUUCGAUAAAAGAAAAGAUCCGUGUUGCAUUGAUACUUCGAAAAUAGUUGGUUUUAUUUUAAACGUUCCAUCAAACUACAAAAUUGGAUUUGUAAGAUUGCCAAUCCAACGAAGACAUUGGAUCAGUGUGCGAAAGAUAAACGGACAAUACUUGAAUUUGGAUUCUAAACUAGAUGCCCCUCAAGCUAUAGGAGACGAAAAUCAAACCAUGGAAUAUCUACGCAGUCAACUGCAUAGCAACGAUAAAGAGUUGUUUAUUGUUUGCACGAAAGGAGUCGAAAAGGAUCAGACCUGGCUGCUUCCAGAAUACAGACAGGAUGGAGUACGAUAGAUGUAAGUCUCAUUACCUUUCAUCUUCGUUAUGAUAAUUCUCUAUAAAGAUAAAAAUAAUAAUUCACACAGUUUGAGACAUGA